UGCCUUUGACAGUAGCUUUGCUAACUGCCUGCCGUUUCAGACGUCCAGACAUAUUCAAGGAAAGCACCUAGCCAGCGAACUCGUUGCAUACGUGUCCUCGCCUUUAGAGCAGCUAGCUUCUGCAGGGUGCUCGGGACUUGUGAUUAUUAGUAUCUAGCAACCGACAAAAACGUAACAAAGAUGUCCAAAGACACGGAAGGGAAGAGCGAAAAAAUUAUGGAUAUGGAGAGCAAGGUUUUGUGGUACCCGGACUCCAAGAGGAACACACAGAUGGACAAGUUUAGGAUACAGGUCAACUCCGACUACGGACUUAAUCUGGCCAACUACAGUGACCUGUAUCAGUGGUCGGUGGACAGUUAUCCCGAGUUCUGGGAAGAGGUGUGGCGCUUUUGUGGCAUAGUCAGCUCCAAAGCACAUGAAGAGGUGGUAGACGCAUCCAAGAGGAUCUCAGAUGUUCCAGAGUGGUUUAAAGGAGCUCGGCUCAACUACGCUGAGAACCUGCUUAAACAUGCAGACCAGGACAAAGUGGCUCUAUAUGCUGCGAGGGAGGCAAAUGAGGAGAUUGUGAAGGUAACGUUUGGGGAGCUGAGGCGUGAUGUGGCAUUGUUUGCUGCUGCCAUGAGGAAGAUGGGCAUCCAGACUGGAGACAGGGUUGUUGGCUACCUCCCCAAUGGCAUCCAUGCAGUAGAGGCCAUGCUAGCAGCAGCAAGCAUCGGAGCCAUUUGGAGCUCCACAUCUGUUGACUUUGGAGUCAAUGGUGUACUUGACAGAUUUUCUCAAAUUCAGCCCAAGCUGAUCUUCUCUGUUGCUGCUGUGGUUUACAACGGCAAAACACAUGACCACAUGGAAAAGCUGAUCAGCGUAGUGAAAGGCCUGCCCGACCUGAAGAAAGUAGUUGUAAUUCCCUACGCUCGCCCCAAACAUGAGACCGACCUCUCCAAGAUUCCCAACAGUGUUUUAAUGGAAGAUUUCUUGGCGUCUGGACGUGGUGAAGGUGAUCCAUUCCCUCAGCUGGAGUUUGAGCAGCUUCCAUUCAGUCAUCCUUUGUUCAUCAUGUAUUCCUCUGGCACCACAGGAGCUCCUAAAUGUAUGGUCCACUCUGCUGGGGGAAGCCUCAUUCAGCACUUGAAAGAGCACAUUCUCCAUGGCAAUAUGACCGCCAGUGAUGUCAUCAUUUACUACACCACUACUGGCUGGAUGAUGUGGAACUGGCUGGUGUCUUCCCUGGGAGUGGGAGCCUCAGUGGUUUUAUAUGACGGUUCACCACUGAUGCCAACACCCAAUGUAUUGUGGAACCUGACCGACCAGCUGGGCAUUACUAUCUUUGGCACGGGGGCCAAGUGGCUGUCUGUGUUGCAGGAGAGGAACCUCAAACCUGCUGAAACACACAACCUCCAGUCUCUCCACACCAUUCUGUCCACUGGAUCACCUCUCAAACCUCAGAGCUACGACUACGUCUACCGCUGCAUCAAGAGCAACGUGCUGCUGGGCUCCAUCUCAGGCGGCACUGACAUAGUGUCAUGUUUCAUGGGUCAGAACCCAACAGUUCCAGUGUAUCGAGGCGAGAUCCAAACAAGAAAUCUUGGCAUGGCCGUAGAAGCCUGGAAUCUUGAUGGUAAGCCGGUUUGGGGAGAGAGUGGGGAGCUUGUCUGCUUGAAGCCGAUGCCCUGCCAGCCAACUCACUUCUGGAACGACGAGAAUGGGAGCAAAUAUCAUAAAGCUUACUUUUCCACAUAUCCUGGUGUGUGGGCCCAUGGGGAUUACUGUAAAAUCAACCCAAAGACAGGAGGCAUUGUCAUGCUGGGCAGAAGUGAUGGUACGCUGAACCCCAACGGAGUCCGUUUUGGGAGCUCGGAGAUCUACAACAUCGUGGAAGCUUUUGAAGAAGUGUCAGACAGUCUCUGUGUCCCUCAGUACAACGCUGACGGAGAAGAGCGAGUUAUUUUAUUCUUGAAGAUGGCACCUGGGAAGCCCUUCUGCCCAGAGUUGGUGACAAAGAUUAAAGGGGCCAUUAGAAAGGCUCUCUCUGCCCGACACGUCCCUGCCCUGCUGCUGGAGACCAGAGACAUUCCUUACACCAUCAGCGGUAAGAAGGUGGAGGUGGCUGUGAAACAGGUUAUUGCUGGUCGGGAGGUGACACAAAGAGGAGCGUUCUCCAACCCCGAUUCACUGGACCUCUACAAGAACAUCCCUGAGCUAAAAAACUAUUGAUGAGACUUCACAGAACUGGGGAGAGGAGCUGCACAUAACAAUCCUCUAAUAGGAAUCUAGCUCAGUUUUUAAAUUAACAAACUGAGUUGGGUAGAGGUACAGGGGGAGGCACAGAUUACAGCACUGUGUGCUUUAAGCUGGCAUAGAAAAGGGAAAUUAUAUUAAAUUAUAUCUAACAUGAGGUACACUGGUCCAAAGGCUAGCUUUCAAUGACAUCAGUAAGCUGCUGCGCUGUUUGUUAUGUUGUGUAAGGAAAAGUUAAACUGAACCAAGCUUUGUGUGUAAUAGUGCUUGUAAAUAAGCCCAUGCUAUAAAGCAAGCAGCAGAAAAGUUAAGUGUAGCAUUAAGUGUUUUACAACCAUUGUUUCUCUGAAUUUCCUGUUUCUAACCCCAAUGCUUCUUUUCCUGGGUGGAUCCUGGAAUCAAGUCCAUUGAGGUGUAAAGAUAAAUACACACAAUCCUUGGAUUAAUCCCCCUUAGCUGUGACUCAUUUAACCAUAUUAUUGCUAUGUGGUGUAUGUUGCUUUAUUAAUGUAUGUAUAUAUACAUAUAAAUAUAUUAAUAUAUAUUUUUAAAGACAAACUAAGUUUAGAAGUAUGAAUUAAAGAUGGUGACCUAAACUUAACCAAAGUGAGUCAAGCUCUAACAUGUCAACUUGAAAGAACAAGGGUCAGAAAUGUCACUAAACUUAAGUGUUACCACAACUACUGGAAAAAAAGUUAUUCAUCUCAUAAAUAUUGUUUUUUUCUGUAUCUUAAACCCUUGGUUCAGUUUUGUUCCAGCUAUGUAUUUUAGGCUCUUUUUUAAAGGGAGAGUCAAACCCGCCCUCAUUUUUCAAGCCGUCAUACAAACAGUACAGUUAAGAUCAGCAGUGAUACGAAUGUAAGUAAAUGUUUAUUUCACCACGGAAACCAGUAUUGCUCAGUUACAUCUGUAUGUUCCAUGUCUGCGAUAAGUCUUCCAAGCAAUGUAUUCUCCAGUACAGACUUUAAUUUUUACAUAGGAAACUUAAUUAUUUAUUCCAAAAAUUGCAUCAUGCUCGUCAGUAUCCAUUGCCAGUAACAUUGUUUAAUUUCCAGUAGAAACAUAGUGGAACAGAAAGAGAAUUGUGGAGGAAUCACACUUACAAAUGUCUGACAGCUGUUUUAUCUUUGGAUUAAAGAUUUGGAUAACAUUUCAAAUCACCUCACAGGGAGCAUUUUAUCCUAUUUGUCUUGUGCUUCUCUGAUUAUUGUUAACAGGAGGCAUAAAUGUAAAAAAAAAAGAGGUAAAUCUCUGCAGUUCCUCUUUCUUUCUUUCCAGGGCAAUCCUUGGAGUUUUGUGUUUUGUUUUAAUGAGGAAUAAAAAAGUCUCAAAGCUGCUGCACUGGUGACAGGAAACUGGGAUCAUGAUUGGGUAACUGACCACUUUGCACUUUAGGACUGUACAUAAAACAGCAUUUAUAGUGCGACUGGUAAAAAAAAUGUCAGUUCCGGAUCGUUUUUUUUAACCAGGUAUUAUUAUUGUUGGCCAAGAGUUUCCUGACAUAUUUCCAGGUGUUGAUUUGUUUUUCUCUCCUUCCACCUCUUCAGUUAAUUUUCAUUGUAUUUUUUUUUACUUUCUAUUUUGCAAGAAAACCUACAUACAUCUAAUUUUUAAAGUAGACUGUUUGCUCUUUUACACAAUAGUAAAGAUGCUCAUUUGACUUUCAUACCUGUCAGUUUUGUUGAGGAAUAUUUGUAAACUGUGUGUCGUAGGAGAUUUUGUUUCAUGCGAGCAUG